GGCCUGUCCGGCGCGCUCAAAAGGCAGCCGAAAAGGGCGGCCAAAAGAGGCACCCGGGGCAGCCCGGACGCACGGCUCCAACCAGUUCCAAAGGGCCAAAGGGAGAGGCAGCCAUGGCCGACGAGGAGUCCAAUUACAAGGUCGAGUACCUCGACUGCGCCGAGGACGCGCCCGAGGAGGAGCGCGUCUUCACCUGGAUCGCGCGCGCGGGCAAGGCCCGAGUGACGUACAACUCCGGCGCCGUGUAUGAAGGAGAGUUUAAUGAUGAGAAGAUGAAGCACGGCCAGGGCAAGUACACGUGGAUGGCGGCCAGCGAGGAAGAAGGUGUGGAAGAACAGGUCGUCUCCGCGACGUAUGAGGGCGAGUACAAGGACGGGAAGCGCGACGGCGUCGGGACCAUGACCUAUCCUAAUGGUGAUGUGUAUACGGGCGAGUGGAAGGAGUCGAAGAUGCAUGGGGUCGGCACGUACAAGUACAAGGCCUCGGACGAUAUUUAUUCGGGCGCCUACGUCGAAGGCUUGAAGGAGGGCGCGGGCACGUACGAGUUCGGCAAGUGCAAGUCGAAGCUCGACGGGACGUGGGAGGGCGGCACGUUCAAGGAGGGCGAGUGGCAGUUCAAGGACGCCGGGUCCUACGUCGGCACCUUCGCCAAGGACGGCCAGCCCAUCGGGCCGGGCAAGUACAACUUCCUGACGGCCACCGGCGACUUGAUCACGCAGGAGGGCGCGUACGAGCCGGACGGCGAGGUGCCCGAGGCCGCCGAGGGCGAGGAGGCGGAGCUGCCGCCCCGGAAGUGGGUCGGCGUGCCCGUGAAAUAGGCUAUGUUGCGUAAGG